GUCUGGAGCUCCAGCACUUGUUAGUCACUGCUGUCAAUAUGACAAGUCUGCCCACCGUGCUGAUCCUGCUGGCCGUGCUGUCCGGCGGUCUCUGUGAGGGGAGGACGUUUCAGCAGCGAGCUGGGACAGCCUUCAACACCAGAUCGUACAGGUCUAUUCUCAACGUGACCAACGGAGAGCAGUUUGGAGACUGGACCUGGGUCGAGAUGUGUCCAGAUAAGUUCUACGCCGUGGGCUUCAGUCUCAGGGUAAAUACACACACAUUAAAAAAAUCACUGUUUUUAUUCACUCAUAAAAAGAAGGAGAUACACCAGAGACUGACAUAAAACAGAACAAUGGGAAGAAAUAUUUGUAUAACGUCAGGGUCAUGUGACCAAAUUUGGGCCAGUGUUUUUAUAAAAUUAUCCCUUUAAUGCCUAAAACCACAAAAUAUGGCAAGAAAAUUCAUAUUUAUUUGGAGCUGAAAUGUUAAUUUCACUGUUACUGAAAACCAAAAAAAAUUUAAAUGUCCUUAAAAUUUCACAAAUAUUCUUAUUUAUCUUGUUUGAUCCAUCAGAUAUUUUUAGAAACUGAUAAACCACAAGGGGACAUUUUUUUAUAAUUUAUAAGAAGGUGUUUUUUUAGUGAUUUGUUGAUCAUAUUGAUUUGAUAAAAGUAUCAUAAAAGUAUGUAUCAAAUAUCAUACAAAAGGCAUUAUAGGGCUACUAAAUCAAAAAGAAAACAAAAAUAAAUUUUCAUUUUGAUGCUUUUUAGACACAUUAAAAAAAACACAUUUGUCAUUCUCACCUCACUAUCGGUUAUUUUUAUCCAGGUGAUUUUUCUCUCGACACAUUCAGCUCAGUAGUUGUGGUGAUGACACAGAGCUGUGUUCACAUUAGGAAAAUCAACUAAAAAACUGGUAAAUCGACAAAGAUGGGAUCGUUUGACUCUUAAAAGGCAACUUAAAACAGAAAAACAAAAUUCAGUGGGAUAUUUAAAGUUAAAGAGACAUGUAUUAGCCUAACUUUUGUUUACUAUGACAGCAUCCAGAUACUCUUUCAGACAGUGUUCAAAUUAAAGCCAUAAACUCCUUUAUUAUGUCGCUAAAGUCAGUGUUGGCAAUCUAAAGUUGUGUUAGCUUGUCAGCUGUAAUGAUGAGAAUUCACUAAACUGUUCUGUAAAAAACUCCAAUAAUGCUGUCAUGUUAUGUUGGCUCGUUGAUUACAGAACCCUUUCUAAUCUAUCAAACACAGCCCGUCUUUACUUUAGCUCUUGUAUUUUCCAUUAUCGAUCAGUUCAGUGUUUGUAUGUUUCACUCCAUCACAAUUUUUUUUCUCAUUUAUUUCUUUUCUUCUGGCUGAAAGUUUCCAAACAUGAAAUCUCUCCACAUUAAUUGCACAUUCCCAUUUUUUUGUCUGCUGAAUGUCUUAUUUUGAUUUGUGCGGCUUUAAUUUCCCUGUUCAUGCAUAAACUCACCUUGGCGAACCUUCAGCAUGAAAACAUGAUUGUGGUCGAGACUAACAGACUCUGCUCUUUGCAAAAUGCAUCCCUCUGUUCGACUUCAGGAGUCCAGGUCCUAGAAAAAAAGAAAGGUUCACUUCUCGGUGUAAAACCUUGUGGGUUCAAAAUGUCAUCUUGCAUUGUAACAUGUGGUGAUAGCAAGAACAAAAACUCUUCAACCAGAGCUUUGGGAACUGAUGUGUGUUUACUCAGGUGGAGUCCAACCAGUACGGGUCUGAUGACACCGCCCUGAAUGGGAUCCGCCUGGUUUGUGCGAAGGACGAGGACAGGAGCUUCCUCUACACCAUCGAGUCUCACACCGGCUAGUAAGUUCACAACAUCCGUAUGUCUCCACCAAGUAUCCUUCACAUACAGUAAAUACCAUUAAAAGUGAGUCCCCUUCCAUCUGGCCCACCAUCCUGCCCCACCAUGUUUCUACAGAAGCACAGAAUGGACAAACUUGAAUCGUAUGUAUUUUUCUAUUCAGUUAAAGGGAUAUUCCAGCUCAAGGAAGAAUAUUUAUGAUCAAUUCUUUAUUAUUUCCUUGAAGUAAUAAUCAUCCUAUUAAUCAUUUUUCACUGCAGACGCAGUAGUUCUUCUGCCUUAACGUCUCAGUCUGAUUGUAUUUCCAUGAAGAAAUGAUCAUAAAUGUUCUUCCUUGAGCUGCGUCACCCCGCUGUGGUCUGUAAUGGACUGGCCUGAGGUCUCACUACAAACAAGCGGCUGCUGGAAGAGAGUAGGUGAGUUGUGUUUAGUCUCUUUGCUAAAGAAAUGAGUCAUAGUUAAAAAGAUGUUUGGUGUCUAGUACUAUGGCUGUGACCCUAUAUGUCCUGUUGAUGAAGUUAGGUGCCGUUCUGAGCAUUAUUUGUAGCGUUUUAGUUGAGGUUUGUUUAUGGCUCCUCAGACCGCUCUGUAUUACUAUCGUGUGGUCGUUACUAAAGUUGGUAUAACUAGAGAAGCAAGCGGUCGGCAACAUUCAUCUCUGGAGGGGGUGUCUAACUCGGUGUUACGGUGUGUUUGACCCUAAAUUAAUUUUACGCCGGAAUAUCCCUUUAAAAGCCGUGCAAAAUGCACCAAUGAGGACCAACAAAACUUGACCUUCUUGUCGAUGAAGAUCCUUCUACUUUACCAACAGGAGGGACGAGCGAGGGGGCACUUUAAUCUAGAUUCUGACUGCUAGAUGUCGCACUAAACCAAACUGUUAUCCUCAUGACGAUCAAAUUAAUUAGUCAAAGGGAGUUUUCAUGACCUCGUACCCCUGACUUGUGAUCUCUGAUGCUGUUUUGUUUUAUUUUGGAUCCAUCAUUAGUUACAACAAAAUAUGCAGUAACUACUCUUCCUGAGGCCCUUAUCUUCUUUUCCAUUUCCAUUUUGAACUUAGACAUGUACUUACAGACAUUACACUUACAUAACACUCAUUCUACACUUCAGUCAUACAGUAGCUCUAAUUCUCUCUUGUUUGUUGAAAAAUAAACCUUUACAUAAAUAAUAUGAAGAAAGAAAAGUGAAAAGACAGAAAAGAAAAACAGAACUUAUUUUAGGGAUAACAAGAAGACUCAAUCCAUCAGAGAGAAGAGCUGAACUCAAACAAAUACACCUUUAAUUGUUUGUUAAAGCAACUUCUGUUAAUGUCUGAAGUUUGAAAGUCUUAUCAAUUAUUAAUAACAUGCCCCCCCCACCUGUUACUGUGGUACACCAUUAAUGAAGAUCCUCUCGAUAAGCUUCCACAGAUGGAGACUGUUUGAUAUCAGGCAGAUGUAAACUGUUUUCACUGCUACUGAGAAGUGUUCGAUAAAAUCUCCUGACACAAUCACAUGAGAGUAAUUUCCUCCACAAAAGCAGCUUUAAAGCUCGGUUUGAUAUCGAUGUGAGCAAAAUUUCCCCGUCAAUACCAUAAUUUUAUUUCAGGGAGGAACUCGUGUCUGCUGGACAGUAAUGGACAUGUCAAUACAAACACUUCGUCUGCCGUCUCUGAGCCUCUUCUCUGACGUCUGUAUUGAUGACUUGAAACAUGCAGCUGUUUGUGUGUGUGGCCUGAUCUCUCUGAUGAAAGCGAUAUCAAUGAAGGUUAAAUGACAGUAAGUUAAAUAAGCAGCACAUUCGGAGCAGCAGGAGGCUUCAGGACGACUUCGUUUCCCAUCAUGCUCUGGGGGGAAUUGAAAGCAUCACUUGUGCCAGGAUUGCAAAUGAGAUGUUCAGAUGUAAAAAUGUCCUGAUAGCCCUCCAGUGUUUCCAGCCCCCAUCUUGGAUCUUCUCCUAAUUCCCCCCUUCUCUCUCAUUGAUUUCCCGCUCCUCUUUCCAGCUUCGGUGACUGGUCCAGUACCCAGUACUGCCCCACAGGCGUGCUCACCUCUUUCCAGCUCCGCAUUGAGUCUCAUCGUGGCCUGUUCGGGGACGACACGGCCGCCAACAACAUCAAGUUCCGCUGCAGCAGCAACCCGGUGCUGGAGGGAGCCGGCAUGUACUGGGGGGAGUACGGAGACUGGAGCCAGACCUGCAGCGAUGGAGGAAUCUGUGGUAUCGAGACCAAGAUGGAGGAAUACCAGUUGGGCCUGGAUGACUCGACCCUUAAUGAUGUGCGCUUCCACUGCUGUGACAGGUCCCAGCAGGUGAGAGGACGGGUUCAUUGACAUCCAAAAUAUUUAUUUUGUUUAUUCUAGCAAAUGAAAAUGGUUUAUUAGCAGACUACACUGAAAUCUCCUAAAAAAUUUCAAUAUUACUGCAAGAAAAUUCAACUUUUUUGUCCAAGAAAUGUGAAAUUUAAAGCUGAGGUUUUCUUGAUUUAGCAACAAAAAAUUAUAGAAAAAGUAUUUGGAGUCUUAAUUUGGGCAAAAUAAAGAUAAAAUAAUGAAAUAUUGGAGCAAGAGACUGUAUAGAUCAAGCCUCAAUACUGUAUUCUUCCUCAAGGCCAGCAGAGGGCAACUGCUCAGGUUAGUAUUUUCACUCAUAUUUGCUCAAACGAGUUUAAGGUCAACUUCAGUUCAACAUGAUGUUCAGUUGUCAGGCUUUACUCUGUGCCUGCCUGUUGGCAGCCAUGACGCAGUAAUAGGACUUCAUUAAGUAACUAUAAGAUUUCAGAAUCAAGUUCAGUCACGACCACUUUUGUCAACAGAAUUGAUUAAUUGCAUGUUAAUUUGGCAGUAUGGCUCUUUUCUGAUAGCUCCCUACUCUUCCUCAUGCUGAUGUUGGAUGAAAAAGCCUGCAGCAGGGAGAGAAUCAGCAAAGACCCAUCCUGAGCUAACUCUGUUUGCUUGAGUUAUGUUACAAGAAUAAAGUUAGAGAAAAAUAAAGUCAUAACAUUACGUGAUAAAUGAGUGAUGAUAUGACCAUGGUCUCACCCCUCAGUCAUAUCCGGUCCAUGCCAAUAAUUAAAUUGUGGAGGAUAAGAGAGGGUUUUUUUUUUUUUUUUCCUGCUAUUGUAGAAAAUUCCCUCUAAAAUACUCUACAGAGAAAUCUUCCCUGUGCAUGCUGCCAAAAACUGAAAUAUCCUGAGUUUCUGUGGUCCCUGACUGAACUCAAUGAGCCCUGAAGAAACUCAGGCACAUAAAUCAAUGUAUAAAUAUAACCAACAAGAUACGUGAUUAAGCGUAACCAUGGGCAGCCUUUUGUUUUCAGAAAUGUUCAGAUUGGUCUUUAUAAGAUAAGUUAUAAUCAGGAGUGAAAACUUCAGCGUAUGAUCUUCAUUGUUCAUUGAUUUCCCCCCAAAAAACAGUGAAAUAUUAACUAAAUGUUUUAAGAUUGAACAGGCCGACUCGCUUCGUGAAAUUCAAAUCCAGCCUUGAACCUGAACGCUCGGCCUGCGUGUUUCUGACAGAAAAUCAUUUCUGAGGUGAAAAACAUCAGAGAGAAGAGAGACGAGUUACAGAACUUUCCUCCAUAUUUCAAACCCGAGUGUCUUACUGCUCUGUCUGAACUGAAAUGAAGCGAAUCCAAAAUGCAACAAUAUGAGGACUUGAAGAGAAUAAUCUCAGAGGUUUAUUAAUAAUUUCUCAGCUUUUUGAAGCACAGUGAGCGCUCAUGAACACAGAAUUCAAAUGUCUUUUCCUUCACUUUUUAAAGAUAUAUUUCCUCUUUCUCAAUUUGACAUAAAAAUACCCAAAUCUCGUCUGUGGUGUGCAUUUUUAAAGAGAUUUUUUAAUAGAGAUUCACAAAAGAUACAUAACAACGAUAAUCACCAGAAACAUUGGAAAAACUGAUCCUAAAGGGGUUUGUACGGUGGCCCUGAAGGUCAACUAGAAAGACAUUUCACUGAAUGUAAAAUCACUGCAUCAAAGUCAUAAAUAUUUAAUAAACACAAAAAUAUUUUACACACACAAAACAAUGCAGACUCAAAAAAAUUGCACAUACUCAAAUUUAUUUUGAAAAACACAAAAUUUUUCAAACAGUUUUUUUUGUUUUGCAAAAUAUUUUUCUGUUUCCUCCUAUAUUUUAAGCUUUUGUAAAACUAUUUAUUUUACAUCAUUUUUGCAUUUCACAGAAUAUUUUCUUGUCUUCUGUGUUAGAUAGUUGCAGGAUUGUUUUUUUAUCACAUGCCAGUUAUUUGUAUCUUGCAGUUUUGCUUUUAAAAAUUUGAGGUUUAUGAAAUAUUUUUUAUUCCAUGACACAUUCUUGGGCUCAAAACGUUUUGUUUGCAUUAAAUUUUUUGGGUCUUGAAAAAUGUAAAUGUGUUACUUGAAACUUUUUCAUCAUAUAAAAAGUUUUUUAUAUCUCUUGAGAUGAUUUUAUGUUUCAUAAACAAGUUUUAUUUUUGCAUUUCAUGAAGAUUUUUUGGUGUUUCAUGAAUUUUUGAGGAUUUUAUGAAAAGUUUUACAUUCUGUGAAUAUUUUUUGUGCUUGCUUUUCAUAGAAUAUGUUGUGUAAUUUGAAAUAUUUUAGAUUUUAUGAAAUGUUUUCAUAGUUUGUGAAUUUUUUAUUGUUUGAUGAAAUAUUUGUGGAUUUGACUUUUUGGGCUACUGUAGAUUUAUCCAUUUAGGUGAAGCAUUAAGGAUAGGCUGUUACAGGCUCCUCGAAAUCCAUGUAAUAAUUAGUCUUUAGAGAUUUAAAGUUUGUGUUUUUUAACAUUUAAGGGUAUUAAAAGUUCAGCAGAAGCCUUAAUUAGAUGUAAUAUCUAUUCAAAUACAAUCUUUAUCUGCUGUGUACUCACUUGUGUUUAUUUUUAUUCACAGUGAUCGGCAGAUGAACACCAAGCAGACCUCACCACUUUGAUCCAGUCCGUCUUCAUCACCCUGAAGUCAACAAUGACUAAUAAUGUCAACAAAUAAAAUAAUACAAAGCUCAUUUGAACAGCUGCCUCCUCUGUCAAGGUUUCCCAGAACCUGAAAGUCUCGAAGUGUUUGAUGUCUGUUUCUUUAUCCUCUAAAAAAAAUAAAUCAGCUCAGAUCAGAACUUGGAGCGGUUCACACUGGGGGUUAUUUUUGAGAAAACACGCAGCUCUCCUCCGACAAACUGAAGUGUCACCUUCAGCUCGAGCAAACAGAAAGAUUAAGGAGCAUCUCUCCACAUCAACCCCCUCGUCUGAAGAGCCACUUUUAACAUCAUGUCAUCCCAUCAUCCCCUCAUCAACGUGAGCGCAGCAUGUUUUCACACUCUGUCUAAUGAACCAAUGAGCUUCCAGCAAAGUCAUAAUAAGCGUGAGCACCAAACAGAGCAGCUGACACAGGCAUUUCCCAGAAUUCCUGCUGGAGCUGAAGUAAUUAAGAAAUGACAAGAGAGGGGAUAUUAAUUAAUUUACAGUUUAAGGCCUGACAGAGGUUGAUAAGACACCGAUUGGCACACACAGAGGUAAUUGUGUUAAUUAAUCGGUGAGUAGUUAAUCUGCAGAGUGUGUGUGGAGGGAACUGGAGGACGUUAUCAAACAAGGCUGUAAUGGUUUUCAGAAGAUUUUGCAAGUCAAGGCGAAGUGAUUAUGGUCCUGAACAAACAGCUGCAGAGUACCUCUCUGUUCAGCUGAAUGAAAACACCGGUGCUGACCUCAUAUCUGAGCGCAAAGUGUUCCUACCAAGUCAGACGCAGCAGUGCACAUGUCAGUCUGCUUGGGAUUACAGACACGAUAGUAUAUGCAGGUGACAGAGGGGUUAUUCAUGUGAGAAGUGAGCUCAUCUAUAGUUAAUAAUGUGAUGUAUAAAUGUACUAUCCAUAUGUUUAUGUCUGCAAAACAGUAUUUCAAAGUCUACUAAAAUAUGUCAGCUUGUUGGGGAAAAGGUAAGCAACAUAAAAACUGGGGAUGUUUUGGUUAAAGCUCCUGUCAGGAAAUUUUGGUGCCUCCUGUGAAUAAAAAUUCUUUGCUUGUCUUUGUCCUCUACAUCCUCUACAGCGUCCUCUGACAAAAAAAUGUCCUCAUUCUGACUUACAGCAGUCAAAUUUGUGAUCUGUUAUGAAUAUUUUAUGCAGUAAAUGUAAAACGGCAUUAAAGAAAUCACAAUAUAAAAA